AGAGAGAGAGGAAUGAAGUGAUUGUUCCUGUUCUCUUUCUUAAGUCAUUUGGAACAUUGUCCCUCCACGUUGCCUGAAUCCAUCCUGCCCUUAGAGCAGAAGCAACAGAUCCCUCUAGUUAGGUCACUGCGGGCACAGAACGUGGGCCACCCUCCUUGCAGUGUCAGCAACUGGUUGGCAGAAGCUGGAGCUAACAGCGGGCGCUCACUCCGCUCCCGGGAUUUGCACCUGGGACAUUUCGGUCUGCAAGUUCAGCAGCUCAGUGCUUUAACACACUUUGCCACUGGGGCGAAGAGGACAUUUUAGCAUAAAUGUCUUCUGGAGCCUAUGCAAAAACAUCUUAAGCAUAUUUGGUGCAAAGGAAAUGAGUUAAUGAAUAGGCGAUUCAAGGGGAUUUUGCCACAAUGAAGAAAGAAGACACUCAAGGCAAUAUGGAUGAUAUACAGAACUUUCCUUUCUCCCAUUACUUGGAUCCACUGGUGAGGUCAGACACAGCAUCGCCUGUCAAUGAAGAAUUCAGAAAUCAGCAUGUCCAGUGUGGAUAUGGUCCUCCUUCAAUAGAACAAGAGAAUUUCCAGGGGGCUUUAGAAGGGGGAUCUCGUAAGCGCAAAAGCAUGCCUACAAAAAUGCCUUCUACCAUCUCUCCAGAAGAUCCCAUGUCCCCAUUGCCAAGAUCAGAACAUCAUCCAGCCAGAGGAUCUCCUCCUGGCUUUCCUUUCCUAUUCCAGCAACACCACCCACAGCCAAAGUACAAUGCCCACAUGAUCGACUUGUGUAAUAUUGGUUUUCAGUUCUACAGAACUUUGGAGCACUUUGGAGCCCAGCCUAUAAAGGAAGAAGUUAUUAAACCCAGCGUGCUUUGGCCUGGACCACCUCCAUUUCUGCAUACCCCUUAUCCAUACUAUCCCAAAGUUCAUCCAGCCCUAAUGUUUCCUUUUAUUAUGCCACCUAAUUUUCACUUUAGAAGUCCCUUCCCACCCCAAAGGCCUCCACAGCCACCCUUCCAAAGGGCUGACCUAGGAGAACAUGCUGAAAAUAAGCAGAAGGUAGAAAGGGUGGAUGUGAACAUCCAGAUUGACGAUAGCUAUUAUGUCGAUGUAGGAGGGGAACAAAAACGCUGGCAGUGUCCGAUGUGUGACAAGUCUUACACAUCCAAGUACAACUUGGUGACUCACAUUUUGGGCCACAGUGGCAUCAAACCACAUGCUUGCUCCCGGUGUGGCAAGCUUUUCAAGCAGCUGAGUCACUUGCACACCCAUAUGUUGACCCACCAGGGCACCAGGCCUCACAAGUGCCAAGUGUGUCACAAGGCAUUUACCCAAACAAGCCACCUGAAAAGACACAUGAUGCAACACAGUGAGGUCAAACCUUACAGCUGUAGGAUCUGCGGGAGGGGUUUUGCCUACCCCAGUGAACUGAAAGCCCAUGAAUCCAAGCAUGAGAAUGGCCGGGAGAACAUUUGCAUUGAGUGUGGCCUUGACUUCCCAACACUGGCUCAGCUCAAGAGGCACCUGACCACUCACCGAGGACCCAUACAAUACAACUGCACUGAGUGUGAUAAAACGUUCCAGUACCCAAGCCAGCUGCAAAACCACAUGAUGAAGCACAAGGACAUCCGUCCAUACAUCUGUUCUGAAUGUGGCAUGGAGUUUGUGCAGCCCCAUCACCUAAAGCAGCAUGCUUUGACUCAUAAGGGUGUAAAAGAGCACAAGUGUGGAAUCUGUGGUCGGGAGUUCACACUACUUGCCAAUAUGAAAAGGCAUGUUUUAAUUCACACCAACAUCAGAGCCUACCAAUGCCACCUGUGCUUCAAGAGCUUUGUCCAAAAACAGACUCUCAAAGCCCACAUGAUUGUCCACUCAGAUGUCAAGCCCUUCAAAUGUAAGCUGUGCGGAAAAGAAUUUAAUCGGAUGCACAAUUUAAUGGGGCACAUGCACUUGCAUUCAGACAGCAAGCCAUUCAAAUGCCUCUACUGUCCCAGCAAAUUCACCUUGAAGGGGAACCUUACAAGACACAUGAAAGUCAAGCAUGGAGUCAUGGAAAGAGGAUUUCGUGCUCAAGGACUUGGAAAGGAUCGAAUGAGAGCAUCAGAAAUGGAUGUGUCAAGAGACCUGGAACAGGAAGAACCCUUUGACCUUUCUCAAAAAAGCCAAGAGAAAGGGCUUUCCAUUCACUCUGAUGGUGAGAGUGCCAAGGGGAGCUCGUGUCAUGAGGAAGAGGAAGACAACUGCUACGAGGCAGGACGGUACAGCCCUGGCAUGUACUACAGCAACGAUCCGUAUUUAAUGCAAGAUCUUCCUAGUCAGUCACAAUAUCACAUGAAAGACUUCAGAGAGCCCUACAACAACGGGAAAGAGAAGGGACUGAAUGGGGAACUUGAGGAGAAGAAGGAAAGCAGAAGGAAAGAAAGCCAGGCAGAGAGAGACUUUAUGGACGACAGUGAAGAACGCCUGAGCUUCAGUCAUUUUGAAAAUGACAGGCUUACUCAGUCUCUCUCUGAUUACUUAUAUUUUCGACACAGAAAUAAGAGUUUAAAGGAACUACUGGAAAGGAAAAUGGAAAACCAAAAUGUUUUUCUCGGUAUCUAAAUGGACACAUGUUAACUUACUCUUUGAAAACAGAUGUUAAUCAAUAGGUUUCUUUAGCAUGAGCUGGAAUUCACCAGGACUGGCAAAUGAUAAGAAGAGAACAAGCAUAAAUUAGUAGAUACUAUUUAAGAUAAUUUUCACUUAUCAUUCAACUGUUAAUUUACUUUGUCUUUAUGUAAUAAUAUCAUAGAUAUUAAUCCAGUCUAUAAGCCUGUUCCUGUAUUCAGUUCGAGCAUUCUGACCCUGCCUAUGAAUGCAGCUGGAUGAUAUGGAAGAUUGGUAAGGCGGCAGCUUGAGUAGAGUACAUAAGAUGGGUCACAUAUUUGAAUUGUUUCCAUCUAAAAGUCACUUCACUAAGAUGUGUUAGGUUUGUUUUAGUUUUGUUCAUAUGGAGGGAGCUUGGUACACAGGAGAGCAAUCAAAGAUGGCCACCCUGACCCAAACCCCGCAAUGCAGCAGUCCACUGUCUCGGGAGGUAACCUUUUCUGUUAUAUAUGUAGGACAGGCCAGAUCUCUUCACCAUUUUCCUAACACACUGUCAUGUAAGGAACAAACUGUAUUAUCUACAACAUAGACUCAAUAAAUAUUGCAUUAUCUCCAGUAUAGAUUCAGUUGAAAUACCUUCAUUUUAGGCUUUCAUGGACUUAAAUGUCAUUCCAGUGGCCCUCUCAUUUUAUAGCGCCAUUGUGGCUCCACUUUAAAUGUCAUGAUUUUAUUCUAUGGAAUCUUGGGAUUUGCAGUUUAGGGAGGAAUAUACAAAACCCUCUGCCAGAGAGCUCUUUGGCGUCACAAAACUACAAACCCUAGCAUUCCAUAUGAUAGGAUAGCAACUAGAGUCAUAAUAUUACACUUUCAGGAAUUUGUUUGGGUUGGAGUCUAGGGAGGCUUGCGAGUAGUCCUAGAAAGUUGCCUCAGGUUGAUUUGUUCCUACAUGAUUAAAUCUUGAGCAGCAACUUUACAUGACAGCAAUGGCUUGGCUAGCAAAUUAUCAGGUUAAGCAUCCUAGAAUUCCUUUGGCCACUUAAGAAUUGUCCUACUGUAGAGGUUUUCAGCUUUUGGAGGGGCCACUCUAAAAACAUGGUGAAAGCUAUCGACCCUCAUGCCAAGUUACGUGUCUUGAGAAUGAAGCAAUUUCCUAAUAAUAUAAUAAGACAUAAAGAGAAGAUUCCUCUACAAUUGCCAAGAUUAUUUUUAAGGUAAUACGAGUACUUACAGCAGUGAUUUUCAACCUGUGGAUCGCCGGGUGUUUUGGCCUACAACUCCCAGAAAUCCCAGCCAGUUUACCAGUGGUUAGGAUCUCUGGGAGUUGAAGGCCAAAACAUCUGGAGACCCACAGAUUGAAAACCACUGACUUACAGGGAUAUCAACGAAUUUGAUUUCUUUUUUCCUUCUUGUCAUUCCAAAGAAAAACUUUCACUUUCAAGUUGGUUUCACAUUGACAUUCUAGAGAAGGGCCCUUCUUUAGUAUGGCACCAGGGAAAUAGAGGAUUAAAUGUUUUCUCCAUGCCUGCCUCAGUCUGCACAAUUCUCUCCGCAUACCCUACUACAUCCCUUCAUGCUAUAUGCAUUUUUAAAAUCUGUACAUUCAAUGCAAGGACAUAUUUAAUUAUUCUAACCUUGCUCCUCUCCUAAUAUUAGGUCAGAGCAUUAUGUUCUAUAGCAGUGGUUCCCAACCUUUGGGCCUCCAGGUGUUUUGGACUUCACCUCCCACACUUCCUAACAGCUGGUAAGCUGGCUGGGAUUUCUGGGAGUUGAAGUCCAAAACACCUGGAGGCUCAAAGGUUGGGAACCACUGUUCUAUAGCUAUGAAUUCCUUUGAGUAAAUGACCAGUUUCAUCAUACAGCCUGAUAGGAUCUGGAUGUGCACCUAUAAUAACACGUUUAACUAAAUAAUCUAUCUUACGUCUAGGCCUGUUGAAUUAACUUAAACUAUCUAGCACCAGUAUUCUCACAAAAUGGCAGCAUUCAUAAUUCUUUGAGAGCAAGCAAGAUUUUCUGGGCCUUGAUAAUGAUAAGUCUGUAUUGUUAGAGAUGCAACUGUGCAGUUCAGAAUCAAAAUACCUAAGAGCACACAGCACAGAGAUUCUGGGAAGCUCAGUAGGAUUUUGCCAGGUGCAGCAGAACAGAUCAGACAAGUGGAAAAUGCAAAGGAAAUAUUGAUCGCAGCUCAUGUUGAAAGGAUGUGGCUAGGACAACAAAGGGUAUCAGUAACAUGAUGAUCAAUUAACAAAUGAGUUUGGUCUUAUAACAGCUGACUCAGGAGAGCUCAGAUGCAUUUGGAAGUCUCCUGUGUCCAGAAUAAGCUGGUGCACAAUAUGAAGGCCGAGCUCUGAUUUAUUGUGACAUCUCAAGCCACCUUUUCCUAAGAUCUUCUUAGAAUGGCCUUAGAUUAUAAAUUUAAUUUUACCCUUAAUGUGAAAAAAGAUCAAACCUCAAAUAAUUAGAUGAAUUUGUUUUACAUGGUUAUGAUUCUUUCCCCCUUUUUAAAAAAAGGUUAUUUUGACAUAUUUUAGCUAAAUUAUGUAUCUCCAAGUUGAUUUUCUGAAGCUGAUCUUCUGUUAAAAUUUUCAUAUUGGUUCUCCAUCUUAUUGUUUUUGUAGUUUUUGCAUUUGGUUGUAGAUGACUCACAUCUAUAAAGGUUCUAUUUCAAAUACAAUAUUUAUAACACCAAAGAAAGCAUUGAAUAAUAUCGUUUGGGGAGAAAUAAGUAACAGCAUUAAGCAUUUGUAUUCUUGUAUCUGUAUAUUGGGAUAUGUGGGUGAGUGUGCUGUAAACAAGGGAAAUCCUAUGAAAGUUUCAGCAUAGUUUUUGAUAGCCAGUAGCUCAGCAGAAAGUUACAUGUAAAAUAUUAUUUUAUUAAUUUAAAACAAAUAAAUAUUAUACCAAA